AUGCCGGUGUGCUCCAAGUGCGGCACAGAGCAGGUGGAGGGCAGGCAGAAGAGCAGUGUCAGCUGGGUCUGUGUGUCCUGCGACAGGCUGCAGAGUUACCUGGCAAAGCUGCAGACACCUGCCAGUUUCGACAACCUCUCCUCCGACGACUUGGCCACCUUUUACAAGCAAGCCUCGGCCAUGAAGGAGAACGGCCGCUUCAAGUUCGACCGCGUUCGUGCCGCCAUGACUCAGACAAUCUCCAGGACGCUGGAGCGUAGCUCCGGGGAGACCUCCUUCAGUCCUUUUUAUCCUUUAUCAGUAUGGCAACAAAAAGGAUAUGAUGUCCAGCGCAUCCAGCAGCACGGAACCAAGCGCGAGUCGAAGCAACUUGGAGACACCUGGUCCGUGCGUUUGGAAGCCGAGACAUCGGCCACCCUGCUCAAGCAGGCGCAGGCCGUGACGGCCACCCUGUCGCUUCGUCCGCGACACAAGCCCGGCAACGUUGCCGAGCCUGCCCUAGAGGAGGUGCUGGAGGCCGAGCUGUCCGACGAGCAGUCCGGCAAGAGCGAGCAGAACGGCAAAGCCAAGGGCCAGAAACGCAAGCGGCAGCAGUCCAAACUGGACAGAGCCAUGGAGAAGGCCAAGAAGGUCGAGCUGUCCUCCUGCACGCGCUUGGCCACCAGGGUUGUCUCGCAGGUGACCAUGCUGGCGUCCCGCAAGCAGUACAAGGACGAGCCCAGUCUCGAGACGCUUCUCGGCUACAAGACGUCCGCCCUGCGCUUCCUGGACACGAACAAGCUCGAGCACAUGACCUUUCGGGAGACGGACUACCAGGCCGCGCAUGGUGUUUUGCUGGCCAGCUGCAAGAAGGCCGCCAAGGCCAAGAGCAAGAGGAAGCCAGCCGUGGACCUGCCGAAAGAGGUUGCCAAAGAGCAGAAGGACGGCGAGGACGCCGAGCCCAAAGAGAAGCCCGAAGAGCCCGAACAGCACGCGCCUUUCGACCCUGACGACGACUGA